UCCAUUUUUUAUCUCCCACACAAACCAUUCCAUCUGUCACCAUGUGACCUCUAUCCCUUCCAUCCUUCACUCACUCUUCUAAUCCUUAAUCUCCUCAAACAUCUAACUUCACUUGUCUUCAAACAUCCAUCAUCCUUAAUGAACCAUUCUAGCCACACCCAACGUUGGACAUCAUCCGGCAUGUCCGACGUCGUAUUCGAAUGCGUCAUUCCGUACAUACACAACUCACGUGACCGACAAUCUGUCUCCCUAGUGUGUCGGAGAUGGUACGAGCUGGAAGCCCAGACACGUAAGCACGUCAUGAUUGCCUUGUGUUAUGCCGCUACCCCGGCGCAGCUCAGCCGCCGGUUUCCCUAUCUUGAGUCGAUUAAGCUGAAAGGGAAGCCACGAGCCGCUAUGUAUAACCUCAUCCCCGAAGAUUGGGGUGGGUCUGUGACGUCAUGGGUUGAGGAGAUUGCCAGGUCUUUUACGUGUUUGAAGGUUGUUCAUUUCAGACGGAUGAUUGUUACGGAUGAGGAUCUUCAAGUGCUUGCUCGUGUCCGAGGGCAUGUUCUUCAGGUUCUUAAGCUUGAUAAGUGCUCCGGCUUUUCGACCGAUGGCCUGUUGCAUAUAUGUCGUUCCUGCAGGAAUCUCAAUACCUUGUUUCUAGAAGAGAGCCAAGUAAGAGAGAAAGAUGGAGAGUGGCUACAUGAACUUGCAUUAAACAAUACUGUUCUUGAAACAUUAAACUUUUACAUGACCGAUCUUUCGCAAGUUGAUUUCAAAGAUCUUGAACUUCUAGCCAGAAAAUGCAAGACUUUAGUUUCGGUCAAAAUAAGCGAUUGUGAAAUCUUGGAUCUUGUUGGUUUUUUUCAAGCUGCCGUUUCAUUAGAAGAAUUUAGUGGUGGUUGUUUUAAUGAUCAAGGGGAAGAUUAUGGUGCGGUUUCUUAUCCGUCAAGUUUAUGUCGAUUGGGUCUGAAUUACAUGAGCACAAAUGAGAUGCCGAUUGUAAUUCCAUUUGCUUCGCGGCUCAAAAAGUUGGAUCUUCUUUAUGCCCUGCUUGACACUGAGGAUCACUGUCUCUUGCUCUCAAAGUGCCCCAAUUUGGAAGUUCUUGAUACCAGAAACGUAAUUGGGGAUCGGGGAAUGGAAGUUCUUGCUCAAUGUUGCAAGAAACUAAAGCGGCUUAGAAUCGAGCGAGGCGAUGAUGAACAAGAAAUGGAAGAUGAAGAAGGCAUUGUUUCUCAAAUAGGCCUAACCGCGAUAUCACAAGGCUGUCAAGACUUGCAAUACAUUGCUGUAUAUGUAUCCGAUAUCACAAAUGCAGCUCUUGAAUCUAUGGGCAUGCACUUAAAAAACCUGAGUGAUUUUCGUUUGGUUUUGCUAGAUAGAGAGGAGGUUAUUACAGAUUUACCCCUUGACAACGGAGUCCGAGCUCUACUACAUGGAUGCCAAAAGCUUAAAAGAUUUGCCCUCUAUCUUCGACCCGGUGGGUUGACUGAUUUGGGUUUGACUUAUAUCGGUCAAAAUAGUCAAAAUAUAAGAUGGAUGUUGUUAGGUUAUCUUGGAGAAUCUGAUGAAGGGCUAUUAGGGUUUUCAAAAGGGUGUCCUAGUUUACAAAAACUUGAAGUUAGAGGAUGUUGUUUUAGUGAACAAGCAUUGGCUAUUGCUGUUUUACAGUUAAGGUCUUUAAGAUAUCUAUGGGUACAAGGGUAUCGCGGGUCUUCAAACGGAUAUGAUCUUUUAACAAUGGCCCGCCCGUUUUGGAAUAUCGAGAUAAUUCCUUCUAGAAGAGUUCUUGUUGGAGAAGAUAAAGAGGUUGAGCAUCCUUCACAUAUACUUGCAUAUUACUCUCUUGCAGGACCAAGAACAGAUUUCCCACCUUCGGUUAUAUCAUUGAAUUCGGUUCCUUUUCUUGACGAAUAAAUUCGUUUACAUAUAUAUAGUUCACGCGAGUUUUAGUUCUUUCUUUUUGUAUGUUUUAGUUAUCACUUUUGUUCUAAUUCGUAUAAAGACACGGGUAUGUAAUAAGUUUGUUUUACUAUACUACUAUGUAAUCUUGAAAGUUCUUAUGAUGUUCAUUACAAAA